CCCGCGACUCACUCAUCCGCAACGCCUGUAGCAGCCGACAUUCUCACAGCUGAGAGGACACACAGAAGUGUGAGCAUUCUCACUGUUUGCACUGUUCCUCUCGACAGUCCCACUCACUGCCUCUUAAUCAAGGAGCGUCAGGGUGCGGUCCUUCAGAUCUAGGCUGCGACACCAUCUCCUUCCGACUGCCUUCUGGCUCUACUCUCUCCUCACACUGCCCACUUCGCCUUCUCUCGGGCCUGUCCUUGAUUUACGCCGGACAUGGCUACAACUGGCUCUUUGUACAACUGGUCACGGUCAACUCGUCAAAUCCUCAAACGGAAUCGUAAAAGUCCCGCCUCCUUCUACCUGCACCUGCACCCAGCAUGGUUCCGCUUUGAGGACGCCAAGGGACGGCUCCUUUUAGAGGAGCCGAUACCCGAUGACGGCGGGUCUAUCGCUGGCCCUUCGAGGGGAGGGAAGACGAUGACACCGGGAAGAGAGCUGUUGAAGUGCAUCAGGGAUCAAACAUUGCCCAACUACGCCUUGGAUGUUCUGGAUCUGAGAAGGAUCCCGUUCUUCGAUGGGUGCUUGAUUGUUGAGAUCAAGGAUCACAGACCGCCGGUACUACCGGCAGCGCCCGCAUCUGCUGUGACUUCGCGUAUCGAGCGGCGUCGAGCCGAGGAGGCAGAACUGAAUCCAGCAUCUCUGGCCGCACGGAUAGAGGGUGGGCGCUACGGCAAAGGCACAGCCUCUCUUGCUGCUAAAGCCGGUCAAGGAGAUGUGUCGAGCUCAGAUAAUGCCGAUGGUCUGGGAGGAGCUGCUGUCACACCGCACGGUCCGGAGACGUUUCGUGUGGUGUUACGCCCCAAUGAAGCUACGCUCUGGACUGACCUGAGGGCCAUGAACGAGAAGCUCAGUGGAGGGACAUGGUCAGAGGAAGACGCCCUUGAGAUCGAAGCCAAUAUCCUCACUUUGACAUCGGCGCCUCUCUGUCUCACGCCGGACCCACACGCUACCCGUAUCGCGAACAUCAUGGCAGCAUCUACUGCUCCAGUGUCUUCCUACGCGCCUCUGCAGAGCCUGCCUCACCAUCGAACCCUGCCACCGAUAGAGCCACCCGCAGCUUUGGAAACCGAGGCCGAAGAAGAGGCAGGCAAGGAGAAGUCGUCAGAGGAGCAGCGUGAGACUUCGGAGAGAAGACAGCGGGAAGCCAUCAUGCGAAUCAUGCAGGGAGGAUGGAAGAGCGCGAAGGACAAGCAAACUCCCGGAAGGGCUGUUCAGGCUAAUGGCAAUGCUUCGGCAGCCCCAUUCCUACCUAACUUCCAUCGUCUUGGCUUCAUCGAGAGGUACCGGGCUAAUACCGGCAGAGGUAAUGGCGACGAAACCGCCGCUAGCACUGCGGAGCCUGCACCGGCUGAGGCCGAUAUCACCGACGCUAAGAAGGAGGACGCCAAGACCAAUGGUACUACUGCGAACGGCACUGUGAAGAAGUCCAGCUCGAAAAAGAGGAAGAAGCAAGACACGGAGCCUGUGGCGGAUGAAGAAGAGGAGAAGACGAAGGAGGAGGAGGCGGCAGUAGCGCCGAAGAGCAAGAAGAAGAAGACUACAAAGGCGGCAUCGCCCCCAGCUGAAAAGGAAGAAAACGAGACCCCAACAAAGGGAAAGAAGAGCGUGAAGAGCGUACCUGAACCCGAGAAGAAGGCUAAGAGCAAAAGCAAGUCCAAGAAGGCUGUAGCGACCAAGGAGACCGAGGCCGAGACGGCGCCGACGCCUGCCACAGACGCCCCUACCCCGUCGGUCAAUGGCGACGUGGAAGUCGUUGCUGCACCACAACCUGGCAAGGGCUCCAAGAAGACUGUUGCUGCCAAGAAGACUCCCGCUGCACCUGCAAAGGGCAAGAAGACUCAAGCAGGAGCAGCUGCUGCCGCUGCUCGUCGCCAAAGUGGGACUCCCUCCGUGCAUCAAGCUUCGAAUCCCCAGCCUUCACCUUCAAGGCAUGGCGCUGCUUCUCCCUUUGUGCCAGGUACCGCGGCUACUACGCCUUCCCCUGCCAUCUCGCAGCAAGGCGUCAUGGGCGCGCCUCCCUUCGGCAACCUACCCCUCGGAGUCGGUCUUCCGCUAUCUGGCAAUGCUCACGAUGCUUCUCAGUCGCAUCUCAACCUUCAGCUGCCACAGCAACAACAGCAGCAACAGCAACAGCAGCAACAACAGCAACAGUUGGCCGCGAUGGCCGCUUACUACGGUGGUCUCCAGCAGCAAGCAGGCAUGGGCAGCAAUGGAAGACCGGCUAGUGGACCUGCUUUGAACCUGCCAUUUGGUCAAGCGCCGAUGCAGAACGGCAGUAUGGCAGCUUUCCCAAAUCAGCAGCUCAACAACAUGGUGCGACCUCCUGUCAUGAACUUCCAGCAACAGCAAGGGGCGAACUCCCAGCUCACUCAACUGGUUCAACAUCUGCAUCAGAAUCCCAAUCUGAUACAUUCCUUGCCACCAGCGAUGCAAGCUCAAUUGCUGCAUCAGCUGAACGGCGGUGGUGGUAAUGGGGCCGGCAGGCCUCAGCAGCAGCAAGGUGGGAAUGGCGGCAAUCGGGUACCGUCGGGUUGGCCUCCGGGUCAGUAAAAAGGACUACGGAGUGUAUGUUGCGCUUCUUGCCGUUGAGUCGCUUUGUGGUAUAUUUACAAUGGAUCAGCUUUUGUCACGCUCU